AUGAUGAGUUAUUGCUUUUUCACCGCCCUGGUAAUGUCAUCAGUAAUAGGUGCGGCGGGUAAGAGGUUGGUAUGACCAGCGAUUUGACCGUUUUUCGUUGCUAUAGAGAUUGUUGAUUGGUGUCCCAAGACGGACGGGUUGAUGCAAAGCUCUCGAGAGCUGAUCUUGGCCAGUCACAACCAUCUUCGCUCCACUCUUGCGCUGGGAACAAUCCGUUCGAGGAAUGGCAAGAGUUUAGGGCCUGCAGCAGACAUGAAGGAGAUGGUAAGGGGUAUUGCUACGCUUUUCUCGAAACUACGCUUUGCUACGCUUUUUCAAAAGUGCGUACAGUGAGGGACCGGAUCCAAUGGCAAAAAACGUCUCAUUUUGCAUCCCGGAAGGGACCAAAAUGUCUCCAAACCCUUCCCUUCUCUAAGCUAAAAAAACCCCGCUUUGAAGAGCCCGCCUUGAAGGAAAGGGCGCGUUUUUCAAACCGGAGUUUUUUAGCUUACCAGGGAAGUCACUUUUUUCGCAGACGGACUUUGGAACGGGACCUAGUAGGUUUCAAACGUGAAGCGUCUGCGAUCAUAAAUAAAGUGUGUUUACGGGGCUUCUCGGCCGAGAAAAUUGACCGCAAAGUUUAGCCGAAAUGAGCGAAAAGCCUCCUCGAAAGAAACACCUUGUUUCAUCUGCAGUGGUGGCAGAGUGGUCAGCGCGCUCGCUUUUUGCGCCAGAAGACGUGAGUUCGAUUUCGGCCGUCUGCAGAUGCGUUUCUUUUGGCCAUUGAAAUAAGUAGCGAAAUGCCGUUAACAUCGCAUAUGCUAAAUAUUAGCAAUUUUUAAUAAAACACGAAUUUAGAAACUAUAAAUUCAUUAACCCAGCCCUGUUUCGACUUUACAAUAUUCAUGAACAUUCAGCUUUGAAUUUAUGUUUAAAUUACUGUAAAAAAAUUAAAAAAGUGUAUACAUUUGAUGUUUACAUACUAAAUCAAUAGUUACGAACCAAAAAAGAAAAUAAACUGCGCAGAGGAUCGAACCGGCCCCUUCUGGCGCAAAAAGCGAGCGCACUGACCACUCGGCCACCACUGCAGAUCAAAAUAGCUGUUUCUUUUGAGGAGGCUAUUCGCUCAUUUCGGCUAAACUUUGCGGUCGAUUUUCUCGGUCGAGAAGCCCCGUAAACACUUUUGGAAAUCAGUUUUAUGAUCGCAGACGCUUCACGUUUGAAACCUACUAGGUCCCGUUCAAAAGUCCGUCUGCGAAAAAAGUGACUUCCCUUGUUAGAGAAGGGAAUGGUUUGGAGUCAUUUUGAUCCCUUCCGGGAUGCAAAAGGAGACGUUUUAUGCCAUUGGAUCAGGUCCCUCACUGUAGGCUUUUUGUCGCAAGCUUUCCGCACUGUGCGUUUGUUGUGCAAAAAACACCCCAUUUUGCACUGGGCGUUUUGUCUUUUAUUUUCGUUUCCGCACUGAUCAUUUGAAGUAUCGCUGCGACGUAAACAAGGUUCGCUGCAGCGACGCCAGGACUUUGCACAGUGCAAACGGCUUUUUUGAGGUUAGCACGGUGCGAACGGAGAAAAUGCACGGUGCGUUGGAAAAGGUUCAACAUGCACUGUGCGAAAGCGAAAAAAUGUCCAUGAACUUUAUUGUCAUUUUCAUAAAGUGAGUAGGAUGUUUCAUCGCAGUGAUUUUGUUUGAAAAAAUAAAUGCACUGUUUAGCUGACCUUUUUUCAUGCAUAGUGCGGCACGCGACGAAAUGUCUACGCAUUUUAUGAAAAUGCUAGUAUGAGAAUAUCUCUGCUCGGAGCGCUAAGCCUUUCGGUAAUUUGCAACAUGUUCAUCCAAACAUACCAUUUGCAUUCUUGUUUUUCUGCCUUGCGUCGCAAUUCCCAUUUUUCAGCGACAAAUCAUUUUUUUCAGUGUGCGACAGAAUUUGAGGUCGCAAUAAAUUAUCAUGACUUUUUGUCUCGGGUAGUUGCAAGCUUUACUCAAAGGACACUUUGAGCACCCCUCUUGAUCAUCAUUUUUCAGACCUACGACUGUAAAUUAGAAGAGCAAGCGCUAAACUGGGCGCAACGUUGCGUUUUCGAGCAUUCAAAGAACGAUGGCCACACCUAUGGCGAAAACCUUUACGCAUUUUAUCCGGGACGCCGAUACAAACUGGUGAGGUUCCUGUCGUGUUAGAGUAAUGAAAAGUACUUCAGAAGCAGCGAAAAGUCAUCAUGAAUGCCACAACGGAUUGGUGGAAUGAGCAUCAAACAAGAGUGGUGUUUGAUGGCAACUUGCCGGUCUUGAAGGAGAAACUGUUCUUGAUGGGUGGCGGGCAUUUUACGCAGGUGGGCUGGACAAGGAAUAGCUCUGGUUUUUGCAAAAAAAACGAUGUUAUCUUGGUUUUAUGACAAAAUAUGGCCAAACGCAGCGCCAUUCGCGCAUUUGUGCUGACAGCGGAAGUCUCCCCAAAUGCGACGCUCAGAUUUCGAUGAAACUUGGCACAAGUUUACAGUGGCCCAUUGACGUACCACUCCAAGUGAAAAAAACUCCGAUUUCAAAAGCGCGCCCACUCUUUUUGUGAAAGAAAGGGCGCGCAUUUCAAAACGGAGUUUUUUAGUUGGAGAGGGAGGCAUUUUGCCACAUUUUUGAUACUUCCAGGAUGCAAAAUGAUACUUUUUUUGCCAAUGGAUCAGGUGCCUCAAUGUCGAAUAAUUUUUUCCUAAAGUAUAUGCGAGAAUCCUAGCUUGCGCUUUGCAGAAACAACCGAGAUUUUUAAGCCGAAAGUUGGAAAAAAUGUGAAUUUUUUUUGCGAAUUUUGGCAUGAAAAGUUCUGUGCCUUUUUCUACCGUAAAGUGUAAUGUUUCCACAAAAAAUCAAUUUUUUCCCCACGAAACUAAUAAAGAUAUAGCCAAAAAAUGUUUUUCUCUCUGACCACCCUCCGCGUUUAACAUACUCCCUCGGUGGCAAAGAUCGGUCAAAAUUUCAGUGGCGCUUGCAAAGCGCGAGCUAAAACUUUCAGGAAUUGAUAUUUAGUCUAUGCCCAAACCGUGUGCAAAAUUUGAAGAAAAUCUGAGCGUCGCACUUGGGGCACUUCCCUUGAAAUUUACCCUACUUUCAGAUGGCGUGGGCCGAAACCGAUCGACUCGGCUGCGGCUACCACUUCUGCAAACCGCAGAACAUGGCUUUGUUUGUCUGCCUCUACCAACCAGCUGGCAAUUGGCUGGGCGAAAUGGUCUUCUCGCCGGGCGCAGCCUGCUCAAGAUGCCCGGAAAGUCAUCCAAUUUGUGAUGAGCUUGAUGGACUGUGUAAAAUCAAAUAA